UUCUUGGUGCCAUUAGUGCUUACGGUUUUUAUCGUGUAGGACAGGCAAAUUUGGAAAAAAGAGAACUUCAUCGUGAAAACCUUUGGUCACGUAUACAUUUGAUUCCGUUGCUUACAGCCGAAUUGGAUCGCGAUACAUAUCGUCGUAAUCGUGCUGCAUUAGUGCGUGAAGCUGAAAUAAUGAAAGACGUGCCAGGUUGGAAAGUAGGCGAAAGUGUUUAUAAUACUAAGAGAUAUGUAGGACCAACACAGAUUGUAGUCCCUGAACCAAAUUAA